CAGUGGCUAUCUUUACGGCCAGAUGGCGGCUGGCCGGAUACUUAAGCCGAUUUCCCGGCGGCGCGCCCUUUCAGUGAUCAGAGUAACUUGUGCGAUGCAAGACUGAAUAAAGAUCGGUGGUAUUUUUUUAUUUUGAAAAUAAAGGGAUUACUUUUUGAGGGGGAAAAUGUUGAUGCAACUGUUUCAAAGGCCGAACUGCCUGCUCAACCGCAGGAAUCGCUACCAGCUCUUAACCACAUUGAUAAUUAAUCUGAUAUCCGUUUCCCAUGGCAUCGGCAUCGGCUGGCUGUCGCCCACCUUGCGGAAACUGCAGUCGGACAACGAGGUGGGCUUCCGGGUGGAGUCGGAGUUCGAGAUGUCCUGGGUGGGCUCCAUGCUGGGCAUGGGCUCCGUGACGGGCAACAUUUUGAUAGGCUGCCUGCUCGGGCGGCUCGGCAGCAAAAGGUGCCUGCUGUUCAUCGCCCUGCCGCACUCGUGCCUCUGGAUCCUGGUCUACUUCGCCCAGAGUGUGGAGUACCUGUACGUGGGAAGGCUUCUCGCUGGCAUCUGUGGCGGCGGCAUGUACAUUGUUCACCCCAUUUUCCUCAGUGAGAUCGCAGAUGCCAAAAUUCGAGGAACCUUCUCAGCCAUGGUCAUGUUAUCGGUCAACGUUGGCGUUCUAGUGGGCUAUAUAAUGGGCACCCACAUGACGUACUACUCGAUUCCCUGGAUAGUGCUGAUCUUGCCCUUAUUCUAUUUAGUUUCCGUGUUGCUGUUCAUUAAGGAAUCGCCCAUGCACCUGAUAAGAAAGGGGAAGUACUCGGCCGCCGAGAGAUCUUUCCGCUACUACAAGAACAUCAAGGACAGCGAUAAUAUCCACGAGCAAAAUAAAGCAAUGGAGGAGUUUGAGGUCAUGAAAAUUGCCCUGACAAAGGGAGAUUCACUGCAGGAUGAUAUCACCUACAGGGACUUCUUGUCGCGACCUGCCCUUAGAGCCUAUGGACCCGCUUUCGUACUCCUGGUGGCCAACCAGUUCAGCGGACUCUUCACCAUGGUCAACUACAUGUCGGACAUCUUCGCCAAGUCGGGCAGCACAAUGGACCCGGACACCUGCACCAUCAUCAUCGGAGCCGUGCAGAUCCUGGGCACUUAUGUCACCACUCUGCUCUGCGACAUCUGUGGCCGCAAGCUCCUCAUGUUGGUCUCCACGGGGGGCGUGGCUGUCAGCCUCACCGCCUUCGGGUUCUUCACACAGUACGCCCAGAGCCAUGACGUCAGCGAGUACAGUUGGAUUCCCCUGCUCCUCAUGUCGCUGGACAUUUUCCUGGGCAACAUCGGGCUGGUGGGCUGCUUCUUCGUCAGCCUCGUGGAAAUGUUUCCUGUGAAGAUUCGUGCCAAGGCAGCCUCAAUGGCAAUUGUUGUCUGCAGCAGCUUUGUGUUUGUCAUGCUGAACAUAUUCCCAAUUUGCAUGAAACAGUGGGGAAUUUCGGCAACAAUGUGGUCCUGUGCGGGAGUCACAGCCUUUUCAUUUGUUUUCUUUACAUAUUUCAUGAAGGAAACCAAGGGGAAGUCCAUGCUGGAUGACUGAACUUGUGUAACGUAAAUAUUUUCAAUAAAGUCAUGCAUGAUUCACAUACAUAA